UGUUUGCCCAAUCCUGCGUUGUUCCAAAUCAGUGAAGAGGAAGCAAAGAAGAAGAUUUACAAUGUCUCUUGUGAGCGGUACUUUGGAUUUGGAUGUGAGAUCGAUGAAGAGACAUCUAACAAGCUUGAGGGUCUUCCAGGUGUUUUGUUUGUGCUCCCAGAUUCUUAUGUUGAUGCUGAGAACAAGGAUUAUGGUGCUGAAUUAUUUGUCAAUGGGGAGAUUGUUCAGAGAUCUCCAGAGAGACAGAGGAGGGUUGAACCGGCACCUCAGAGAGCUCAAGAUAGACCUAGGUACAACGAUAGAACUCGGUAUGUGAGGCGGAGGGAGAACCAGAGGUGAAAAGGGUCUUCAUCAUGGCUAUAUAUGCUGCUGCCUUGAUAAAGAGAGUAAUGUGAUGUUAAUAUUCAAGAAAAUUUGUGGGAUGCUUAGUUCACUGUAAGACACUUGUAGCCCUAAUUUAUGAACAAAACUGCUACUGCUACUGUGGUGUGGUUCUCUGAUGUUUUGGUUCAUCGAUUGUGACUCGUGUUGGGUCUGGUAUUUGAACGAAAUCUAUGCUUAAUAUGUCUACUUGCCAA